GUGCGGCCCGCAUUCGGGCCGCGACGCCGGCGGUGCCCGGGUGCUUGCCCGAGGCGGAGCCGCAUCGUCUUCGUGCUGUGGUCGUUUGGCUUGGGGUUGGCUCGAGUUGUUGGCUCCCAUGCGUCAGCGCUGCACUGGGCAGACGCGGCCAGGUGACACUUCCUUUCUUGACUCUGAAAAAACCGGCUCCUGCAGUUUGAAGCAGACACUCGUUUUCAGUGUGCCUGCUGUAGCUGGGACCUGCUUCUCUUUUGGGAUCACAAUGACCAUGGAAGGCAGGGGAACAUUAGAUAUCAUCCCCAGGACUGCCAUGCAUCAGAAGCAGGAGGGGAGCUUGACUGUGAAGCAGGAACUAGGAAACCAGACAUGGGGACAGAAGAACUACCCUCCCGUCUGUGAAAUAUUCCGACUGCACUUCAGGCAGUUGUGCUACCAUGAGAUGUCUGGGCCUCAGCUGGUCCUGAGCCGGCUCAGGGAGCUCUGCCACUGGUGGCUGAUGCCAGAGGUCCACACCAAGGAGCAGAUCCUGGAGCUGCUGGUGCUGGAGCAGUUCCUGAGCAUCCUGCCCAGGGAGCUUCAGACCUGGGUACAGCUCCAUCACCCUGAGACUGGCGAGGAGGCUGUGGCUAUGGUGGAGGAUUUCCAGAGACACCUUAGUGAGUCAGGGGAGGUUUCACCUCCAGUACAAGAACAGGAUGUGCAUUUAAAGAAGAUGGGAGUACUGAGUGCAGCUGAGCAGUUGCCUACCUCAGCCUCCAAUCAGGGCUCAGCCCCUGACGUCCUCUUGGAUCCUCCCUGUGACCCAGGAGCAGGACAUGAUCCUACUUUUCCCAAAGUGGGGAACUCCAGAGCCCAGGCAGUGGCUACUGAGCUUAGGAUGGUCAGGCCUCAGGAGACGGCAGUGAACAAGGACUAUACGCAGGAAAAGUGGAGUGUCCUGUGUGAGAUGGAGGUGGUAAGAGAUGAGCACGGCCUGGCCUCUCUGGGUAAGAACAGGAUGGGAAGUUCUGAGUACAGUCCAAAUCAGGACAUUUCUAAAGGAUCGCAUUCACUUGACAUGUCCUCAGAGGGACUCUUUGGAGUGACACUUGUAGAAAGAGAGUCUGGUGAUAUCUGUAAAGACCCUUUAGCACAGAUGGAAGGGCAUCCCUCAGAUGAAGAAGGCAGCAGACUAGAAAGUGAUUUCUUGGAAAAGAAAGAUAAGAAAAAUUCCCCAAAAGACAGAAAGGAGGAAUGUAAAGAUGUAGGGAAACAUCCAGAUAUGCCCUCCAGUCCUGUUGAGCAUCAGGGAGAAGCAAAGAGGCAGAAGUCCUAUCAAUGUGAUGAAUGCGGCAAAGUUUUUAACCAGAGCUCACACUUCCUUGGACAUCAGAGAAUCCACACUGGAGAGAGACCCUUUGAAUGUAACGAGUGUGGGAAGACCUUCCAACAGAUAUCUCAGCUAAUUGUUCACCUCAGAAUACACACUCAGGAAAAACCUUAUGGAAGUUGUGGGUCUGGGAAGACUUAUUGUCACAGUUCCCACCUUAUUCAACACCAGAGACUCCAUAAUGGAGAAGAGCCUUAUAAAGGUAAUAAAUGUAUAAAAGCUUCCAUUCAGAGUUCCCAGUUCCUGAUCCACAAGAGAACCCACACUGGAGAGAAACCUAAUGAAUCUGGUGAGGCAUUCAUUUGGAAUAAAAGUCUUAUUCAACAUCAGCUCCUUCACAUUAGUAAGAAGCCUUAUGAGUGUAAUGAGUGUGGGAAAGCCUUCUAUACCAACAGAAAUCUUAUUGACCACCAGAGAAUCCACACUGGGGAGAAACCUUAUGAAUGUAUUGAAUGUGGCAAGUCCUUUAGUCGGAGUAAAUGUCUUACUCGACAUCAGAGUCUCCACACUGGGCAAGAAACAUACAAAUGUAGUGAAUGUGGGAAAGCCUUCAAUCAGAACUCUCAGCUCAUUGACCACAAACGAAGUCAUACUGGUGAAAAGCCUUUUGAAUGUAGUGAAUGUGGUAAGAAAUUCAGUUUAGGUAAAUGCCUUAUUCGGCACCAGAGACUUCACACUGGAGAAAAGCCCUAUAAAUGCAGUGAGUGUGGAAAAUCCUUCAAUCAAAACUCUCACCUCAUUAUACACCAGAGAAUUCACACUGGUGAGAAACCUUAUGGAUGUAAUGAGUGUGGGAAGGUCUUUAGUUACAGUUCUAGCCUUAUGGUUCAUCAGAGAACCCAUACUGGUGAAAAGCCCUAUAAAUGUAAAGAAUGCACGAAAGCCUUUGGUGACAGUUCACAGCUUAUCGUGCACCAGAGAGUUCACACUGGUGAGAAGCCUUAUGAAUGUACUGAAUGUGGGAAAGCCUUUAGUCAGCGUUCCACCUUUAAUCACCAUCGGCGAACUCACAAACCCUCAAGUCUGCUUCAGACACUGGAGAGGAUGCGGAGAAAGACAGGAAAGUUCAAACAUAAGACAUUUGAAGAUAGCAAGUCACCCACCGAAGGGAGUGACCAGGAGUGUGGAAACACUGAUCAUCAGUUCUGUGCCUCCAUGACAGGGAAGAGAGGUCAUGGUGAAAGGAGACAGUUUGUGUGCACUGAGUGUGGAAAAGCCUUCAGUCAGAGUGCCAACCUCACCGUGCACGAACGAAUCCACACAGGAGAGAAGCCUUAUAAGUGUAAGGAGUGUGGAAAAGCCUUCAGUCACAGCUCCAACCUUGUGGUUCGUCGAAGAAUCCACACCGGACUUAAGCCGUACACAUGCAGUGACUGUGGGAAGUCAUUCAGUGGUAAGUCACACCUCAUCCGGCACCAGGAAGUCCACAGUGGGGAGAAAACAUACAAAUGUAAAGAGUGUGGGAAAGCCUUCAGCUGGAGCUCAGGACUUAUCUCUCAUCACAGAGUUCAUACUGGCGAGAAGCCCUACACUUGUACUGAGUGUGGAAAAGCCUUUAGCAGGAGUUCAAACCUCACUCAACAUCAGAGAAUGCAUAGAGGGAAAAAGAUUUACAAAUGUAAAGAGUGUGGGAAAACAUGUGGUUCUAAUACAAAGAUUAUGGACCAUCAGAGAAUUCAUUCUGGGGAGAAGCCCUAUGAGUGUGACGAGUGUGGGAAAGCCUUCAUCUUCAGGAAGGCUCUUAAUGAACACCAGAGACUCCACCGUAUAGAGAAACCUUACAAAUGUAAUGAGUGUGGGAAAGCUUUUACUUCUAACCGAAACCUUAAAGAUCAUCAGAGAGUUCACACUGGAGAGAAGCCUUAUAAAUGUAAUGAAUGUGGUAAAACAUUCAGGCAGACAUCUCAGGUUAUUCUACAUUUGAGAACUCAUACUAAAGAGAAACCAUAUAAGUGUAGUUUGGGAGAGUGUGGGAGAGCUUAUCGUUACAGCUCAAAGCUCAUUCAACAUCAAAGGAAGCAUAACGAAGAGAAAGAAACCUUACUGUUUACCAGCCAGAGAGGCCGGCCUGCCUGGGGAGCCGGAAGCCCGGCGCAAGGCACUUCCUGUCCGGUCAUUGUUCUCAGUCCCGUUGCUGCCGAGAGACUCUGGAGUCCCGUCCGCGAAGCGGCGCCGGCUCGGCUGGGCCUUCGUGGCGAGCCGGUCGCGGCUGGCGGCGAGAGGUGCGGGACUGUCCUCCACCGACCAUCGCCGACCAUCGCGGGGCCGGGAGGUAGCUCGGGGCGUCCGGGCCGGGCGGCGAGCCUGCUGGCGGGGAUGGAGGAGGGCGGCUUGUGCAGAUGGCUCCGGCCUGCUGGGGUGAGGAGCCGGACAGUCUGGCCAGAAGACUCAAGCACGUGGUGGGACGAGUCUCAGAGGCUCUCCUGCCAGAAUAACCCGCCAGAAUUACUCUUUGAGGCCGUGGUGAAAAGCGUGGCAUUACUUAAGAAUUUAAGUUUGCACAGUGAAGUUGAUUCAGCCCCUAUCAACGGAACAUUACUGUUUUACUGUGACCACCAGCUGAGGACUGAGAAGAUGACUGCAGAAUUGAAAGAGACCAUGGGCAGAGCCUCUUGGGACCCAGAGGAGGUGAAAACGGAAGGAGAUGAGGAAAGUGUCAUAGGUCAGGCAUCCAGCCAACAAGUGUACUCUGAGAACGACAAGGACUGCGCCCCAGGGGAGGGUCCUUAUGUAAGCAUCGGUGUAUCAGAAGAUGAGGAAAAGGGUCAGAAAAUGUUCCAGGACAUGGCAGUGGUUCUAAAAGCAACACAGGAGGCUGCUGCUGCUUCACCCCUUGGAAGGUACUCAUUGACAGGGACUCUAGCCAAGAGUGAAAUCCUGGAGCCUCAUGGGAACCCAACCCCAAUAGGUACCAAAACCAAGAACCUAGAGUUAUUGAUUCCUAAAAAGGAGAUAUGUGAUGACUCGGAGAAGCCCCCCAUGAUUUUAGGAAGAAUCCAGAAAGGUGACCUUCAAAGACCUGAGUUAGGAGAAUCUUGUGAAAAGGGAAAUGUGUUAAAAGGACCGAGGAUAAGGAAGGAAAAGGGAGAUAUGAGAGAAGCAACAGUGAAAGACUGUCCAUUGUCUGAAAGCUUCCGAGACGAGGAAGAAGAGAAAUCCAAGAAGUCUAGAGGGAAAUACAGCCUCAGUUCUGCUCCUGGUAAAAAUCAGAAAAUACAGCCUGGGCAAAAGCCAUUUACAUGUAGUGAGUGUGGGAAAGGCUUUAGUCAAAGUGCAAAUCUUGUUGUGCAUCAACGAAUCCAUACUGGGGAGAAGCCCUUUGAGUGUCAUGAAUGUGGGAAGGCCUUCAUUCAAAGUGCAAACCUCGUUGUGCAUCAGAGGAUCCACACUGGACAGAAACCCUAUGUCUGUGGAAAAUGUGGGAAGGCUUUCACUCAGAGUUCAAAUCUGACUGUUCAUCAGAAAAUCCACUCCUUAGAAAAAACCUUUAAGUGUAGUGAGUGUGAGAAAGCCUUCAGUUACAGCUCACAACUUGCUCGGCACCAGAAAGUCCAUAUAACUGAGAAAUGCUAUGAAUGCAAUGAGUGUGGAAAAACAUUCACUCGAAGCUCCAACCUCAUCGUCCAUCAGAGAAUCCACACUGGGGAGAAGCCUUUCGCCUGCAGUGACUGUGGCAAAGCCUUUACUCAGAGUGCAAAUCUUAUUGUGCAUCAGAGAAGCCACACUGGUGAGAAGCCGUAUGAGUGUAAAGACUGUGGAAAAGCCUUCAGUUGUUUUUCUCACCUUAUUGUGCACCAGAGAAUUCAUACUGCAGAGAAACCUUACGACUGCAGUGAAUGUGGGAAAGCCUUCAGUCAGCUAUCUUGCCUUAUUGUCCACCAGAGAAUUCAUAGUGGAGAUCUCCCUUAUGUGUGUAAUGAGUGUGGAAAGGCCUUUACUUGUAGCUCAUACCUACUCAUUCAUCAGAGAAUCCAUAAUGGGGAAAAACCUUAUUCUUGUAAUGAAUGUGGGAAAGCCUUCAGACAGAGGUCGAGCCUCACUGUCCACCAGCGAACCCACACAGGAGAGAAGCCCUACGAAUGUGCAAAGUGUGGUGCAGCUUUUAUUUCUAACUCACACCUCAUGCGACAUCACAGAACCCAUCUCCCAUCUUGUUGAACAACAAGGAAGAGUACGAUGCCCUGCUUUUGGUCAUAACCUACUGCUCCUAAUAGUAGGCACUUCUGUUCUUAUUCUUCCUUUGCCAAAAUGAGGACUAGACCCUUUAAAGUUAUUUUUCUGGAAGGUAAUGUAAACACACAUUCAGAGGCUAAUUUAAAGAAAAUAAAACUUAAACACCUAAAAGCCAAGGACUUUGUUUUAACUGUAUGAAUCCUAAACGGAAUGAGGUUUGUUUUUUUUCCUCCCAUGCUU